ACUCCAGGCCGGUGGGGGCGCUAAAUCGCAAACGAGGGGGAUUAAUUUAAGCGGAAAGGGGAAGAAACCCGUGAGCCACGCUAGUCAAAGAUUGAAUUCAAUGAUAAGAUAAUAGUCCUCCUAAGCCACCUAUGGUAUAUGAGACAUUACACAGAUAUUAUUACGAAGAUGCUGAUGUUUAUACGUAUACAACACACGUCAUAAAUGUACUCGCUGAGACGAGUUUACGACCCUUGCGACCUGGGUUCGUUUAAACUAGCAGCUAAUCGGCUUUGGCCGCACUGCGCAUGCGCAGAUCUGUCACCGGAGUCGCUGUAACUACGUUUCUGAUGACUCCCAUCCACAAACAGCGUGUUGCUUCCUUGUCUUUCAUUCAGAUAUUGUGUGAUAACAUUAAAACGAGGAAUUAUUGGUCAGGAUGAUUUCGUGGAGCUCUAGCUGACGCUGGUAGUUAAACCCGACGGUCUAGUUCGGUUAGGACGCGACCAAGCGAACCCGGAAGUGAGUGCGAGGGUGUCCUCUCGCUCCGGCGACGUCUUCUUUGCGGAUGAUCCCAUAGCAUCAGUGUCGUGAACAGCAGAGGUCCUUAUUUUGUUGCGUGAGAUUAGACGGUAUAAUGCCGUCCACGCAGGGAUCAAGGGUGACACAUGCAAAGAGUGACAAGUGAAGGAACUCUGAUCCAUCAUGGGAAACAGACCAUCAAAGAGUGGCAGCGGAGAGGAACCGGUCAAAACAACUUUGUUUGAAAAGGAGCCAAGUGGAAUAACAUACAGGAUUCCUGCUCUCAUUUAUCUGAGGCACAUCCACACCUUCCUCGCCUUUGCAGAGAAGAGAUCCUCACCCUGUGAUUAUGAUGCCAAACUUCUUGUUAUGAGAAGGGGAACAUUGAAAGAUGAUGGAUCUGUUCAGUGGUCGUCCAGUCAGGAGCUGUCCACAGCAUGUCUACAAAACCACCGCACUAUGAAUCCCUGCCCUGUGUAUGAAAAAAACAGCAAAACAUUGUUUUUGUUUUUCAUCUGUGUCUGGGGAAACACCACAGAGAACAGGCAGGUUUUCACAGGUAAGAACAAGGCGCGUCUUUGCUGUGUUAGCAGCAGCGACGACGGUCAAACCUGGAGCCAAACGAGAGACUUGACCGAAAGUGUGAUUGGGGAAACCAUCCAUAAGUGGGCCACGUUCGCUGUGGGUCCGGGCCACGGCGUUCAGCUGGAGAACGGCAGAUUGAUCAUCCCAGCGUACGCCUAUUACAUCCCUUACAGAUGCUGUUCCUUCCCCAUUCCUUUUACAGUUUACCCACGUGCACUGUCAGUAUACAGCGAGGACUUGGGUCAGACGUGGCAUAUAGGCAAGAUGCUUCGAAAAAAGUCCUGUGAAUGUGAAAUGGCAGAGAUCAUAGACCACGAGGGCAGGAGCCAUCUUUACUGCAACGCUCGUAACCUUGGGGGCCACAGGUGUGAGGCCCUCAGUGAAAACAGCGGCGUGUAUUUCGACAAACCUCACAGUGCCCCAGAGCUGGUCGAACCGCCCUCAGGCUGUCAAGGCAGCGUCAUCGGCUUUCCCGCUCCCGAGUUUGUCCCCAAUGAUGACGCUGAGAGCAAAGCUUGUGGCACAUCGCUCUUGUCUCCGGACACACAGACCUGGCUCCUCUUCAUCCACCCGACUAACAAGUCUAGCAGAAGGGACAUGGGCGUGUACUUGAACCGAUCCCCGCUGCACUCAUCAGGGUGGGACAGGCCCAGGAUCAUCCACAGCGGGCCCAGCGGCUACUCAGACCUGGCGUACAACGGGGACAAGGAUCAGUUCUCGUGCCUCAUGGAGUGCGGGAAAGAGAGUGAACUCGAGCAGAUCGCGUUCAUGUCCUUUACCCUCAAUGAUGUCAUGCAGACGGGCAGUAAGAAAGACAAGAAGAUGCGUUGAAUUGCUUUAUUUCUGUAUUAACAAAGCGCUCUAACAUUCUCCUGCAACCUAAAAUGAAAAAGCAAAGCAAAAGCCACUAAAUAUGCUGUGCGGUAACAUCUGUCUGUGUUUACUGUUGUUCUACAGUGUGGAGAUGAUAAUGCAUGCAUGAGUCGUGUGUUUUGUUGUCUCCUUGUUUACAUGAAAAAAGUAUUUAGUCUAGUAUUCAUAUGCAAGUUGCUGUGUAAGGAAGGAAACUUGGGUGGCUGAUUUUAAAGCAUGCUGUGCUGGACUAUCAUCUUCAAAAACAGGCUUUGUCUUCAGCAUGUUUGACAAGUACUUAAUGCCCAUCUCUGCAUCUUAUUUAACUGUCAGUGUAUUCUGAGCAGUGGAGUGAAUUUGCCUACCUCUUUUUAUUUUCAUAUGAAGAUCAUAGCAGGCCUUUAUCAAGUAGAGCGUAGAGUUUCCUGCCUGGUCGGUCGCUCCUUUACAUUUAGUAUACUCUUGAUUCACGUAUGCCUUCUAGCCUGCCAGUGCACGACCUUCUCUGUAGGUCACGGUCAGCGGCGCCUCAAAAGUUGGCAACAGAACUGGACGGAAAAGAUAAACAUUUACUUUUUACUUGCCACAUCCAGCUACUCAAUGAAGAGACCAACCAAACUGUACCGCAGCUAUGAGUUAGAGGAUAUCAGAUGAUGGGUUAAUAGAACAUUUGGGCUACUUUGUACUGUAAACAGAUUAUUACUUUCAUUUUCAAAAGCAAUAUUUCAAUUAAUUAUAUUAUUUAAUUAUUUAUUUUCCACUUUACAGUGCAUUUAGCAUGAUUUUCUGAACAGGCUUUUUUCCUCUAACAUUAUUUAUUAAGUGCAAUAUCAUGACCAGGUAUGAUUGGCUGGCUGUUGGUUAUCAAGUGAAUGCAUGUAACCGCAUGUAACAGCAGCAGUAGACCCACUACUCCUAAAGCCACUGAGAAACUGCACACACACAACCUUCUACUGAGCGACUUCAACAUCCAUCUUUGCCUAAUGUUGUGAGGCAAAAUGCCUCCAGGUGGUCUCACACUAGUUUCAUUGUGUUUUUUUGUUGACUGUUGUGGAAAGUGACAAAACAUGCAUGAAACAUGUAUUUUAGUAGAAAAUAAAAGUAACCUGUUAUC